AUGUCUCUCAAGCAAGAGAUAGAAACCUGGGUGGCGGCGCUGGCAGCCUACGACAACCAUGAAUUUGACAACUCUCUCAAAUGUUUCGAGACCAUCGCCGACACUUCCAAGAUCCUCUUCAACUGCGGUGUUAUCCAUGCGACACUCGGACAGCACCAGGAGGCAAUCCAAAAUUAUCAGCGCGCUGUCCAGCUCGAUCAGUACCUUGCCAUUGCAUAUUUCCAACAAGGCGUGAGCAAUUUCCUUAUGGGCGACUUUGAGGAGGCGCUAGCGAAUUUCAACGAUACCUUACUCUAUCUUCGCGGCAACAAAAAUAUCGAUUACGACCAGCUUGGGUUGAAGUUCAAGUUGUACUCGUGUGAAGUCUUGUUCAACCGCGGACUCUGUUACAUCUACCUGCAGCAGAUGGAGCCAGGCUUGCAGGAUUUGGACUUUGCAAGGCAGGAGAAAAUGGUCAAGGAUCACGAUGUGAUCGACGAAGCAAUCAAGGAUCGUGCCGAGGGCUACACUGUCUUCUCCAUCCCGGUAGGCGUUGUUUAUCGCCCGAGCGAGGCUAAGGUCAAAAACCUUCCUACCAAGGACUACCUGGGGAAGGCAAGACUGGUGGCCGAGGAGCGAGACUUCAUGCACAGUGAUCCUCGGAGAUCAGCCCUCGCAGCCUUAGCUCUUGACGAUAGACCUGGAGAAAAGCUCUCGUAUGCAGCGAUGAAUAUGGUUAGAUCGGACCUGAGGAGUCGUGCACGGCAGCAAUCAGAGCCGCCGUUGCAAAGGAAUCUUUUCCCGCCCACGCCGCCACCGGAGCCAGAAAGGCACGAGCGUGUCGAUCGAUCAGAUACGUUCUCUCAGCGAAGACAGUCUAAUGAUAGUAUGGCUUCUGAGCGAUCACGGGUGAGCUUACAAUCGGCACGACCAGGAGCAAAGCCUCUGAGGUUGGAGCUCGGAGUUGCAGCCUUCGAACAGAAGUCUCAGCAGCAACAGCAGCAGCAGCAAAUCCAAAUCGCCCCCAAACGAUCCGAAUCGGAGCGUCCGCCGCAGCGACAGGAUCAUUACGGAGGUUCAUUCCGACAAAGCGGCAGCCGUCGCGCAGAUUAUCGCUUCUCCGAGACAUUAGUCGAGGAGGACCCUAUCGAAGCAUACAGCGAGGCUGCUACUCAAGAUCAAUCAUACCUCCAACGACCAGUAUCCUCCCAGACGAGACCUCGAUCGGGCAAUCCUCGGCACCAGCCUGUGCCAAUUGAAGAGGAAGAUGAGGACGACUACGACGAAGUAGACUAUUCCCCGGAUGGUGGCGCAUAUGGAUCGCCGCCACUUGCAUUCGAAAUUGUUCCACCGAGAUCGUCUCUGAAUGUGACAAGCCCGAACAGCGGUCAGCCACGACAUCGUUCCACAUCUCGGCGACCAGCCGCGCCACCUCCGCCCGAAGUCAAGAAGAUCCGGAUCAAGGUUCACGGCGGCGACGACAUGCGGUACGUGAUGACCACUCCUUCUGCGACGUACGAGGCACUCGAGGAACAAAUCCGUGCCAAGUUCGGCCUGCGCACCGCCGGUUUCAAAUUGAAGAUCCGCGACGAGGAGGGUGACAUGGUCACCAUGGGUGAUCAAGACGACUGGGAGAUGACGAUCAGUGUGGCGAAGGCGGCAGCGAAUAAGGAACGUGUCGACAUGGCCAAGAUGGAGAUGUGGGUGCAGGAGAUCUGA